AUGCCUGUCUUCAACGAGCACAGGCUCGUGUCACCAGUGCCCGCCGAGGCCCCGGUGGUGCUGUCCUCUGGUGACUCUGGCGAGGAGGAGGGGCCGGACUUGGAGGCUACCCAGGAGGGGGCGGGGGAGACUUCCCCUCGGUGCAUGACCGAUCUCCUCCGCGCCUUCCCCGACGACGACGACGACGCCAAUGACCAUCCGGUGAGGGAGUCCCUGCCCCCCGCUGGGGUCACCACGAGGUCCAAGGUCACUCCCUCGAAGAAGCCGCUGGUUGGGGUCCCGACGAAGAGCAGGUCGGCGCUGAUCUCCCGAGGCGGCGCCCCUACUUUGACGCCGACAGGUGCUGCCGCAGAGCCAGCUGCCGCACCCUCAUCCGCUCCUGGGACUCGCACGCCGGUGCCCCAGGCCGCGAAGCCUUCGUGCUUCGUGCUUCAGAAGAGGCCGAGGGACUAUGCCGCCAUAGACCAGCCAAUGCUGGUGGCGAAGAAGAAGAGAGAGGGAGCGGCCGCACCCUCUCGGACCCAACAUCCUGCCACGGCUGCACCUCCUCUGGCGCGGAAAGGCGGCGAGGGGGCUCGUGCCUCUCCGGCCCGGUCAUCCUCGCGAGGUCCGGAGGACCGACCCCAGGAGAAAACGACCUCCACAGCCAAGUCGGCUCCGGAGGCGCCCGCUCCCAGCUCACCUGCCGAGGUCCCAAAGGUCCAGGAGCCCCCAGUUUCUUCUGUUGCUACCAACUCGCAGGCCUUGGUGAUGACGCUGUCUCCUCCUCCUCCCAUCAUGCCGCAGGGCCGUGAUCCUUCUGCGUCGCCCGACGCUCUGGAGGAGGCUCUUUCCGCGCUGACCCAGCUUCGGGACGACCUUCAAGGCGCCAACCGUCGCCUGGCGUCAGGGCGCCUGGAGUUGAUCUUGGGGUGGCUGCGAUCUGACGCGUCCGUCAAGGCAGCGAGGAGCCAGGCCAUAGCAGCUUCCAAGGAGGGUGAGCGGCCGCUGGCCUGGCAGCUGGCCUGGCCGCUGUCGCCUGUGAUGUAG